UCGAUUCUCCACGUCGCGCAGAGCUAGAGUAGUCAGAGACGGUGCGCGCAACCAAAGAAGCUUUAGUGUCGCUCGGUCCGCGGCUACGUUCGGUAGCGAGGCCAUCCCGCGCGUUCACGGUUCCGUAUCGAUGUUUCAUCAUAGUCAUCGGUAGCCGGAGUAGUCUAGUUUGUACUUUGAAUUCGAGUAUCGAACUAUAGCGACAAAUCACUAUCAGAAACCAUGUAUUUUCAAAGGCCUGAUAUCCAUGAACACGAAGAAAAAAGAUAGUAUAACGAAAUGAAAAUUAAGUGAUGUGAUACCGAAACAUUCCUAGGAUCGUAUGUGAUGUGACAAUUUCAUCAGUGAAUUAACACAUUAAAGUUGAUUAUCUCAGUUCUCAUCAAGAAAUUUUGUCCUAUAUCAAUUGUUAUUAGAAGAAUUAUAUAGACCACGUUUAAAAGGAAGCGAGCGGGCGGUGAACGUUUGUAGUUCAUUUGUAAGAUGAGCCCGGCUUCUCAGGGUGCAUUGGAAGUAGAGCGUUAUAUCGGCAGUUGUUUGAUAUCGUCAAGUGUAAGAACGGCAGCCGGUGGAAAAACGUUGAUCCCUGGUAUAACUAAGAAGCAGCAAGAAAGUUCAUCACUGCGUGUUAAGCAUCAACGGGAUUACACUCCACAGGGAAAUUAUUUGCCGGGAACCGAAAAAUGUCAAUACGGUACUUGGACAGGUGCUCCAUUGAUCUCAAUGACGUCGAGUCCACGUAGAUGUAAUCAGCAAUCUUCGCCACCUCCCUGUCAAAAUAAUCAUCAGUCGGUGCAACAGCAGCAAGGACAACAAGUACAAACGCACAUGCAAAACCAAAGUCCACUCUCAAGGCUCGCCAUUCACACGCAAGGAGCCCCACUUAUACUUGCCGGUAGAUUUCACAAUCGUGGAAAGAUUCAGUCUUGCACCGGGAUGAAUGGAGCUUCGAUGAAUAAUUCUGUAGCCAAUAUCUUAAAUGCUAAUAUCAACGUAAAUGUAACCAAUUACUGUAAUGGUAAUGGUAUCGGUGUUGAAUCGGGAACCGGUAAUUCAAUUAUCAAUCCCGCUGGGAAAUACAUUUCUUCGCGGAGUUCAAGAUUCUCUGAACCGGUGAGAAAACCUCAACAACAGCAACAACAAGCGCAACAACAGGCUCAUCCAAAAACGGAAUGUAUCAAUGGUAAAGUUGACGGUACUAACAUAGCUAAUAUCGAUUCGCUAAGUAUAGCGAGUGACGAAAGUUCAGGCUCAAACCAUUCAGAGAACAGUCUUCCAAGAAUCAUAAAACCACGAAAACGAAGAAAGAAGGACAGAAAACCAACUGGCGUGACAGUUACAGAAGUAUCUUCGAAGAUUGAGGAUCAACAACAGCAAUCAUCGCCGCAACAACAAAUACAGCACAAUAAUCAGCUACAGCAUCAGAACCAUCCAAAUGGCACUGGUAUUUCCGAACAAUCAAGUAUUGUGACUCUGAAACCUUACGUGCCCAUAUCUUAUGAAAAUAGAUACGAGCAUAAUCGGGGUCACAGAAGAUCACAGCCAAUGAUUAAAGAAAGUUAUACACGUAGUCAAAAUCAAAACGUUUCUUGUAACGGCCCAAUGCAGUUGAAUCAACAGCAAAUGAAUCACCAGCAACAAGAUAUUAUUGAUACCAGGCAGCAUCACCAGCAGCAUCAACAUCACCAACAACACCAUCAGCAGCAGCAGCAGCAACAACAACAACAACAACAACAACAACAACAACAGAGGUAUACGCAACGACAUGUGCAAGUGAAAGUGCUUGAUGACAACAAAAAUGUGAUUAUGCCGAUUUUACCAGCGAACACAUUAGCACGAUCAAUGGCAUUGCCUUCGAAAGGAAAUAUCGUCGGUACCAGUAAUUACCAUCAUCGAAAUCACUAUCACAUGGCCCAUCAUCAUCAUCACCAUCACCAUCACCACCACCAGCGCAACGAGGGUAGAAACGGGAACAGUAAUAAUUCUGCUACGAUUGUCGGCAACGGAAAUGGAAUUAUCAAUACGGUCCCGCGUCAUCGUUAUGCGCAGCAUCAAUUAUCUCAUCCGCAGCAUUUGCAAGCAUCGCAACACGAUUUUGAGCCAAUGUUAAUGGGUUGCGAUGAUAGUGCCGCACUUAUCGACAGUCCAUCUGGCUCUUUGAAUUCGGCUGGUUGUCAAUGCCGUUACUGCGAUCCAUCGGGACUUAUUUGGGACGUAGAUCAAAAUGUUUAUUCCCCGUUUUUGACACCUCCUCAUGCUAGUGAAUUUCCUGUCACUGCAGACUAUGGAGGCUCCCAGCAUCAUCAUUUUAACCAUUCACCACUGUUCCUAUCGUGCACAGAAUCUGCUAUCACCUGCCACGAGCAAGUUGCACCAAAAGGUUGUGAAUUCUAUGAGCUCCCUGACUCCCCAACAAUUGCGCAACGGGGUCCUAAUAAUAAUAAUUGUCAUCGAGUCUCGCGAUGCGUCGAGACCGGCGGCGCUAGUACGUGCUCCAACUCAUUAACUGGUAAUGCCCAAGUAACGUCUGCCGUUACGAUGCUUAGACGAAGCUGGAGCGACCCUUCGAGUUAUUUCAGUGAAGAGAUAACCGUGCCUAGUCGGGAUGUUGGCGUGAUAGGUGAUCGAGGACAAGCUGAGAUCACGCGAGGUCGAAGUUCGUGGUCUGGUAGUUCCGCUCCUGGUUUGUCUUCGAGUAGCGCAGCAAAUUCACCUUGUGGAAAUCACGUGAAUUUGCCGAUCUCGUCGCAAGGGCUCGAAGUUUCGACUGAAAUAGUCACAUCACCUAAUGGUCAUCGAGAUUUGGAAAUCAAAUUUUACUCCUCAUCCCCAAGCGCCCAACCGAUUGAAGAUGAUAAAUCGGCAUUUCCUGACGAUGGUGAGGACUUCAGCGAUAUAUGGAGCUACCAUGAGUCAAAACUUCAACAGGAUUUUCGAACAUUGCUUCAAGCUGAAGAAUGAUAUUUAGUGUGAAGAAAACUACGUACUCAGAACGCUUGACACGUUCCAAGCAAUAGUGUCUAAUACUUAUCUCAACGACCUGUUCAAAUUCAACGAAAUCUGUCGAAAAAGUAGUACGUGUCGAGAAUAUAACUACAACAAAUGGGACAUACUUGUGAAAAAGCAAUUGACGGGAUGAGGGAACAAAUAAAAACAUUGGACUUGAUUGUACAGUUCUACAGGUUGAUUUUCGAUGCGAACAUUGAGUGAUCAUUGACACGUCCAAUAAAAGCGACUGGAAAUUGGAGAUUGUUCUUGCAAAGUGCUUCAGUGAAAAAAAAAACUAUUUGGGAACGCUCCUGUGCAUUGAGACGAUUACCUAUGUCGUUGUUUGCAUGCCAGUUGAAAAAUACCAGGCUUUUAUUAUUGGUUAUUUCGUAAUUCCAAAGUGGCUAUAGGGUCUUCCAAAUACCCAUGUAACGGUACAUAAGAGCAUUAAGUAUCUAACAAUGGUACGAGAAACGUGUUAAGAAUUCAAAACGAAAGACAAACUUGGUCACAAUGGUCAAGUUCCGAAAAUUAGUGUAUGUGUAUAUGCACGAGGUGGUAAAGCGAGCUAUUACGAUCAUGAGAGGAUCGUCAUUCCGUUUUUUCCCGCUGAAGCUGUGGCAAGUGUUCAAGUAUUUAUUCGUGUGUAUAAGAGCGCGAUAUAUGUCAGUUCUGAUAAUCGAAUCGUAGGGUUGUGUCGGACCUGGGAUUGCUGUUAGUCGCGGAGUGAACUGUGGUUUUACAAAUUCUUCUUUUGCGUCGGACCCGUGACGCCUGGUGAAAAAAAUCCGAGUGUAUGCUAAUUCUCGGCGCACAAAACGACAUGAGCCAGAUGUUAAGUUGAGAACGAUGCGAUCUAUAAACGUGAUUGUGAUGAUUCUCAGAUGUUUCGCUGUUUGAAUAUGCGUGAGCUCUCUAUCACACGUUGCGUCAUUUUUUCGAGCGGGUCUCGAAAUUUGUGCAGACUUGAGUAUCAAUGGUACACGCUAAUUUCAUUCAAGGUCCAUUCGUCGUUAAAUCUAGAACAGCAAUGCUGGUGGUUUUUCUCUUUAUCACCACAAUCGUGGAGAUGCUAUCGACGCGAUAACGAUAUUGCAAUUCAAUAAAUUGUUAACACCAGCAUCAAGGAUCAACGCAAUUAUCGAGGAUCAUCAUCGUAACAUCGCCGUCGACAAUGACUAAACGGACAAACAAGCACUUGGUCGCAAUUAGCGGUCACUAAGGGCAUAUCGAUAUGUCUUGUAAAAAUUGAAUUAAGAUUGUAAAUGAUAAAACCAAACCUAAACAAUGUAAGCAUGUAUCUCUCUGAGAAAAUGGAACGAAUGAAUGGUAGGAUGUUGCAAGAGUUCAAUCGAGUUUAACGAGAUACUCAAAAAUUCGUGUUAACUCGGUAUGUUGUUGACUAAACUGACGACGGUGUCUUAUUCUUUGUAUAACGUUACAAAGGGUGGGAUUAUGGACCCUGGCACACUAACCCUUCGUUCCUCUCGUUUUUUUCGUUCCACGUAGUUCUGUUCUGAAGACUGUUCCCUUAUCAAGCUCCAACUAAGAAAGUAGCCUCUCUCGAGUAAGUGCAUGGCACAUUGUAGCAACGCGUUUCCGCCUCGGGCAUAAACGUGUUCUACAUUAAUUGCAGCAGCUCUUGUGUUUAAACUCUUAUAGUUUUCUUUUUAUUACCCGUUCUCCCACUUGCCCAGCCUUGUAUACCUUUUCUGGUUUCCUUUUGCAUUUUUUUCUCGCUGAACGCCAAGCGUAUUGUACCUACCGCAUCGCUCUUCCGUCCGAUAUUCGUUCGUUUUAUCCUACUUUUAUAUCUACGUACUUGAGUGCAUACACAACAUUCGGAUCCUUUAAAUGCAGUAAAGUAUUCUCGAACGUGGUCGUCGCAAACGUGUCAUCGAUUGAUUAAUUUUGUGGUUAACGAUGGGAUCUCGCUGAUCUGGGUGGAGUCUUCUGAAACCAAAGAGCUAUGUAUGCAGCUCUAUCCAACCCGGUACACCUGGUAUAAGAGGUUUACCAUCGACGAAAAUUAGAUCGAACUCUUCCGAUUAUAAAAUAUCUUCCGAGCGAAAUUCAACAAUAAACUUUUCACGGUGAUCGAAAAUGUUGCUCGUGGUGUGUGAUUUUACGUAAAUCAUUCAUAAAUCGGGCUCGAAUACAGUACGGAAAAAUUGAAUGGAUAAUCAAGGUGGGCAUUGAAACGUAUGAACCAUCUUGCGUAUUUAUUAACGGCUUUGUCUACAGGUAUAGAAGCGUAAAACUUUGGUUUGGAUAACUCACUUAGUCGAGUCGGCGUCAAAGACUUCAUUGUCUUAUCUUCAGGCCGUCCAUUGAUUAAUGGCACCAGCAUGGUAGUCCCGCCUGUUGUGGGUCAUGCAACUGUGAUAGUUCCUUUACGUCGUAACUUUUGAAUUUUCCAUGAGCUGAUGAAACAACGUAAUGUUUUGUGAGUUUUUUAUUUAAAAUUGAAAAUUGGAGUUUAAGAUCUCUCUCUUGCUUUCUUUAUUUCGAUUAAAAUUCUCGAUACUUUAUCUGGUUCAAUCGACCUCUUUUUUCAGUACUUUGCUUUCUUGUUAGUAUAUCUUUGAAUUUGUCUUUUAAACGCACGCCAGUGCUGUUAACUCCAGAGGGGGCGACUGCAUGGUAUACGGAGAUUUCAUUUCAAGCAUUUGAGCAUCGCGAUUCCAAUUACGGUAUGAAACAUUUGGAAGGACUUUGAGGAAUCUAUAAAAAGGGUUUUAUUGGUUAACCUGUUUGUUCAGAAACGCUUUCAUUGCAAUGAUUUAUUUACGGUAAUUAACACAAUUUAUUAAUAUUCAAUUGUGAUAGAUGAUAAAACAAUUCAUUUUUUUUAUAUUCCUUUAGUUCACUCUCUUUGUAGGAGACGUGUACCAUGGUCCUAAAUUUUCACAUACCGUUUCUACGUUCAUGAAUACGAAGAAGGAAUGUAAGCUAAAGCAAAAUAUAAAGAUACACCGUUCAUUUAGCCCGAUUUCAGAUCCAAAAGUUUUAGGACAAUUUCGAUUGUGUUGAAUUGAUGUGAAUAAUGAAUCAAUCGAGCUAUUGGAACUGAGCAAUCAUCUAAUAAUGACGUUGUGUGACGCAGUGGAGACAUUCGCACCUUCUGACAUUCGUAAAAAUUCGUGAAAAGUAAGAGAAAAUACGUAAUCGCGAAGUAGGUUGACGAACCUCAAAAUGUUGAAUUAAUGGGUAACGAAAUGUCUAGGAUUCCGUCGUCCGUUGUCCGUUUGUUCUUGCAAAUGUGUGGCUGCCAUUAUAUAUGUGAAUAUAAGAUAAUUACUAUUACUCAUAUCGUCGACUAAUGAAAGGCUUCUUUUGUCCUCGCACCGAAUAAUUACACUGCGUGAUGACAGUAUUCGAUGGCGAAUCGCACGUUUUGUCUUGAUUGCAAAAAUGAAAUGCAAGAAAGCUGAAAAAUAGCAAAAUGAGUAUGUUUUAAUGAUGUUUUAUCGUAUAAUACGUACGAUGUAAUCUCAUACUUUCGCUUAUUUUUCGUCCAAAAUUGUAAAAGAGAUGCGAAAUACAGUGAGUGCCAGAAAAAUUAUGCUAUCCAAGGACGCGAAAGGGCAAAAAGAAAUCUCCAGUUUGGGUCAAUCGAUUUGUGAUAACUUCACUUGCAACAAGUAAAUUAAAUUUCUCAAAGAAAACAAGGAAAAACUUAAAGUUCAAUUUUUAAGUUCGAUCAGGAAAAACUCAAAAAUUUUUGUCUUUGGAGAUUUUUUUGCGGCGGAGAGGCGAGGCAGAAGGAACUCGUUAAAUAGAGGAUAUCGUGAUUGAGACAUCGUAGUCAAUGAAUGAUAAGUAAAGUAGCUAUAAACCGAGAGGAUGAAAAAUUCCUUCUUGAAGAGCGAAAUAAGAUCUUAGAAUGACGUGAGACAUUAAUCUGGGGGAUAUCGAAAAUCAUUUCUAUCCUGCUUUCUUGCUCGAGUCCCAUUUUCCAUUCGUUUAAAAAGAGUUUCCAGUUUCUGAUUAAAACUAUCUAUUGGAGGAAACAAACGAAUCACGAUGGUAAUGAUUUUAUCUCGCAGUUACGAAACUUAUGUUUGUGGGUUUACAACAAUCCGAUCGUCCGGAUUCGACGCUUGUCGAAAUUGAUUGAGAAGAUGAGAAAACUGUGGUUCCAAUAUCAUCGAGUCACUUUGUUAAGAAAAAAUAAACGAACAUCUUCGCAUAUGGCAGAACAAUUGAUUGGUUGAUUAUUAACAAAUUUGUAGCGUGGCAAAAAAUCAGCGUUUCAAUUUUGUAAUGUUGUAUAUCAGUAUUGGAACACCAGUCAAACUUGAGAUUUCUUUUAGUUUCAACGACUCGACAUUGUUGACAUGAUAAUCUCUUUUAUAUUCAAUCAGCGUAUGUUCUUUCAUUAUUCCGUUUUAUUUUGAUCUCUUCCCGAGCAUUUGCAAUUGCUGCAGGCUCAUAUAUGUGCGAUUGGGGACACAUUGUUUUGUAAUAUAUUUGAAUGUUUGCGAGUGGGUCUGGCAUUUACGCGAUGAUUUUCAAUCCCGAACGAUAUCAGGGUGAGCGCAAUACUCGCCCUCCUCACGUCCGGGCAUGCGCACUUUGCAAGUGUAGUGAUACGUAAUGAUAUCCAUAAAAUUAGCAGUUAACUAAAGACAUUGCAGGAGGAGAGGUUUCGUUGUAUUCGACUCAUUUACAUCGAUACAACAGACAUGGACAUAUAUUUUAUAUUUGCUCUUUGUCACUCAAUGCAAUGCGACUGCGCAGUUACGGAGGGUUACACAAAUUGUAUCUAAACGGGGCAUGGAUACGGGGCGAAUUAUGAAUAAUUGCACAGAGUCAUCAAAAUAUUGGUUCUGUGAAAUACAUUAUUGAAAAGACGUUGAGAAAAUAAAUCUAAAAAUUUGUCAUGAUUCAACAAUUGUCAAAUGAGAAACAAAAUUGGGCGACGGUCUUAAGGGUGUUUGUAUAGAUUAUUGACUGAAAUGAUAAUUAUACAUAUAAUCAUCAAACAAGUGAGUGAGUGCAAACGGGAAUGUAUGCGUGUGUGGACCACGAGCGAAUUCUAGAAAAAGACUUCGAUCGGGGCCCAAUUAUUAUUACAAUUAUUAAGUAUGUUUCGAUGAUCGUUAAAAUGAUUAUAACAAUAACGAUGUUUAGCAUUUUAAAGACCAACUUGAAGCUAUGAUCGAAUCUCGUUAUAAACGAGAUCUUUCUGAUCCACCACCGCUGAAGACGAAUGAAUAGAAAAUAUCCAAAUAAAAACAAGUUUAAACAAAUGUGAUUCAAAUAAAAUGAAAUAUAAAAAUCUAUUCGGUGGAACUAUUCAUUGCGAUCAUACAUAAACAUCCGUGUUUUUUACUUAUUUUAUGUCUAGUAAUAUCUUGUCGCAGCCAGUAUAGUGAAAAAAGAGUGAAUCACGUCGUAAUGAAAAAAUAAAACGACAAUUGACACAAGUGAAAUAAUGGAAUACACCAAGAAUAAAAAGUCACAUUUACUGUUUGUAA